AGAACCCAAUGUCAGCUAACGCCUAACUGCAGAGCGCUCCAGUUAGUUGCAGCUGUAGGUUGCUGGUGAAUCAUUUAGCACAAUGCUUUCUUCUUUGAUUCUGUGCCUUAUCGUAAUGACGUUUUCACGUCAGACGACAGCGUCGCAUUUUCGCGGGGGGAUCAUCACUUGGAAGCCAGGUGGAAAUAAUUCGAACAAGGUAAAAGAGGAAAUUACAAGGGUGUAUUGGGUGAUAUUCUAGAAACAUUAUACGUGUCAGCAAAAAGAUAUAGCGUAUAUGUAUAUAGAUAUAUACAGGUCGGUUGUUCUUUACUGUAGCUCAAUGGGUCGUACAGUUCGUAAUUCAAAUGGACUCAAAUUUGAAUAACAAUUUUGUUCUAAUAGCUUAGAACAAAACAUUAUUAGAGAAAAGAAAACUCGUUUUUAAAAAUUUAAUUUGCUUAAUUUGCCCUUGCAAGAUUUGUUAGACUUUUCAGGCUCGCCUAUUUAACCAAGAUUUAGUGCAACUUAUUUGUCUAAAUAUUUCUUCCGCCUCGGAGUUCAUGGUUUCGCCAAAUAGUCCCGCAAGAAUUUGAGGAAUGCGGAGCGUAUGAUUAAUUGAAAAUAGUGUGCCGUCUUAGCGCAUUAUUUCGGAAGGGCAAUUUAUUGCUGUUUUACAAAAUAUCAACGAUUGUGUAGACGGGAAACAAAGCUUGCAGCACAAAAAUCGCUAAAUUUUUCUGAUUAAGCUCCUAUGAUUAGUCGAUUAGAUGAUAAAACACUGGUAAACUGAUUGAUAAAACUCGUAUCUAGGAGAUGCUAACGAGGUUAAGCCCAAAAGGUCAUUGCAUAGAAUUUGUAUAGAAAUGUCAUACCUUUUAUCGCAUUUGUUUAAAUUGCAAACGCUGGUACCUUUAGUUUGCUAAAUCUAUUGAAAAUCGUUAGCAUUUGAAUAGCUAAGGCAUUGGUUUCACCGCCCAGAGCACUUAAAACUCCGGAAAUAACUUCCGGGUUUUCUCGGAAAUGUCCUUGCGACUUUGAUUUACUUACUAUGGAAAGGUAUCUUUAGCUUUGAAAUAUGCUAAUUACACCAGUCACUCUUGUUUCUAUUAAAUAUUCAUCAUACAAACGCAACUCUAUCAAUCUCUAUCGCUAAAAGCGACUGAAAAUUUUGAAGUAUUCAAACUUUGUUUUGAAAACAGUUCUGAAUGUUAUCGGCUGCGCUAGAGUUUUAAUUCCUUCCUCUUUUCUCCACGUUUAAAGAAGUUUUAAAAGUAAUAUAAUUUCAUCCCGACUAACUUGCGUUUAAAUUUUAUUUAUUUCUUUGAAAUCUCACUUCGUAUUAGUUUUUUCUUUACAGUUUGUGGGGGGAAAUAAUUAUUUCAUUAGAUUCAAUUUUAACUUUGAGUAGCUUUGAACUAAAGAUUUUCUUUCCCUGCGAUCAAGAAGCAUUUUUAAAAACUUAAGGAAGGAAAAAUCGUCGCUUUGAAAAUCACGAAUAACUGGAAGCUAAAUUUGCUUUCACAUAAUUAUUCAAUCUAGAUUUAACUCUUUUUCUCUGUCAGAAGGUUUCGCCAACAUUGCUCUUGGUUUUGCAACUAGUUUCAAAAGAAUUUAAAGAAUGCUCAGCGCAUGAUUAAAAAUGCAUAGUACCGUAAUUGAUAGAGUAGCGCGUGAAAUUCGAAAGAACUAUAUCUCAAAUUUUCUCAGUUAUGUAGACAAAAUGCAAAGAUUACAGUGACAAAUCGCAAUUUUUUUUUUUUUCACCCAAGCCCCAUUUGUUACUCGAUUAGAUGAUAAAACACUGGCAAAACUGUUUGAUUUGUAUACUUUGUUAAAGUAAACAAUGCUUAGCGCAGUAAGCUAUUGCGUAGAAUUUGUCGAAAACUUUCAUAUCUUACCAUUGUAUUCAUCGUAAGAUGGAUGAAAAUAGCUUUCACUGGUUCCUUCAGUUUGCUUAAUCCUCCAAAAAGUGUUAAUAGUUAAAUAGUUUAGAAAAAUGCGUCGCCACUCAGAGUACUUAAAACUCAGAGUGUAACUUCCUCGUUUUCUCGGAAUUGUCCGAACGAGUUUGUGUUAUAUCAUUGUUUACUUAGGGUGGAAAGAUAUCUGAAGGCCUUAAAAUUCACUAAUUACACCUGUCACUUUGGUUGCUACUGACCAUAUUAUCAUGCACACUCACCUAUGCAAAUUUUAAAUUGCCAGACGAUACUAAACUUUGAAAUAUUAAAACUUGCGUUGUUCAAAGUUCUGAAUACUUCUGGCUGCGCAACUGUGUUUAUAACCUCCCCCCUUACCCAACGUUUUAAGAGCUAUAAACGUUGAAAUUAAAUUUUGCCCGUCUGAUAUUAACUUAUAUUUGCAAUAUCGUUACUUCGACUUAUUUGCGCCGUUAUUUAGACGCUGAUAUAUUUAUAGAGAUAGAUGUUUUUUGUCUUGUCACGUACGUGGAGAAAAGGGAAAAUUCUGAGUCCUCAUGAGCAAUCAUACCUCGGAGCUUCGGAUUCCGCGCUCCGAUCCGUUCCGAUGCUCUAAAGGUCUGAGGGUCGAUUCUUUGUCCCUAAACGAAAAAAUAAAUUAUUUUUCAUUGCCGAGCUGAAAAUCUAUCAUAUUUCUUAUUGUAAGAUAUUUUAGCAUUGCCACAAUUACUUUUGUUAUUCAUUCAAACGCUGACAAUGAUGAAAUUUACUUGGUUUGAAUUUAAAAGACUUCUAUUUAAAUUGCAAUUUGCCUCAUGCCGCCUUUUCUCAGUAUUUAAAUUCCUAGUUUAUUCUAUAGCCAGCAGUUCUCAUAUCUACAUCUUUUACAAAUUAAUUUAGUAAUCAGGUUUACAAGGUUUGCGUGGAACUGGAACCUUAUCGCUUUUAGGCUGAUUUAAGCUGCAGUAAGAGAGCCAAUGAAAGGCGUUUAAAUGGAAACAUGUCCAGUAUAGAUGCUGGAUGAACGUUUUAACUUAUUUCAGGUGCUUUUUAACUUUCGGCUGGGUUUCCGAAGAUCCUAUUCCUAUUCAUAUUACUGCGACAACUCGAUGGUCGCGAGCCAAAGCAUCGUAGGAAGUGGAGACAGCUGGAGAGCAAGUCACGAUAAAGGAUAUUAUUCAAGCUUUAGAGUGGCAAGCACGGGAUAUCACUGCACCGAUUUCAGUGUUCAGGAGGACUGGACACAAGGGGAAAACAGUUUUGAGUAUACUUUCUGGAAUGAAGGACCCUGGCUGAUAAGGUGGGUCAAGCAAAUUGGCUUUUAAUUGUUAAGAAUUUUGAGCUAUCGCGGUCGUUUAAGCAACUCCUCUAUAUUUAACCACACUCAUUUAAUUCUAAAUACGUGAGAAACGAAAACUCGGUGGCAUAAGAUAAUGACGGUAGCCCGUCCUAAAUUCCUGCGGAAAUCAUUGACAAGAAAUAAACAAAUAACGAGAAACGCAUAUACGCAGAGUGGAAAAGAGCACGUUGCUUUCAUGCUCUACUUUCAUUUCCCAUUUCCGAAACAGAACCAUAAUGUGUGUAUAUUUAAAAAAAAUCUGGAUACUAUAAUUUCUUUAAGGGAAUCACUCGUGACAAAUUUCUAAAGAUGCCAAUAGCUGAAAUCAAUUCUAUUUCCUAGUUAUUUCACAGUCUCUUACUAGAGCUAAACUUAGCUUUUAGUGUUAGUCGAUUAGUGUCAAUAUGAAAGGUAAUCGUAUCUGAAAUUAACAGAUGAAAUCUAACAGUGUUUCGCUGCAUCCAGUUAUUCAAGUUGCUGCUGGAUCUCAUUAGCGAAUGGAGGCAAUGGAGACUGGCUUCUCUCGACCACUGUCAACCUGACAAGGCGGCAGGAUAGCGGAAAAAUCAACUCAUCUCCGAUCUCAGCAAUAUCUCCCAUCGUUCGACACCAGCAAGGCUGUCCAAAAACAAUUACUAUUCCCGCCGAGGACUCGGAUGGUGAUAAAGUUCGCUGUCGAUGGUCGAUUGGCUAUUGCAGAGAGUGUGGUGGUGUAUGUCAUAGCUUUCAAAGUGGCACUUUAGACGAAGUAAGUUAAGCUGAUGUGUUAAGAACGUUAGGGAAACUGACUUCAAUCAAAGUUUCUUUUUCCUUUCUAAAAACUUUGCCCACAAUUUUCAGCUUUUUCGAUUGCACUACGUAAAAAUAUUUUGCCUCCACUCUUUUUUUUUAUGCUUUUAUCUUACCAAUACCGAGCUCAAUAAGUUUCUGUUGUACUCCUGUUCUUUUGCGGGAGGGAAGUUUGGAUGUUGUUUUGAAUAACAAAGUUUUGGAAGCCGAUAAUUCGACUGCAAUACUCCUACGGAUCAACCUUAUCCUCACAAGACAACCAAUGCAUCAUAAACUUCAAAAUUAUAAUGAAUUUUUAUCUUGGUCACACGAUCGUCACAACACAAAGAAACAUCUUCAAUUUCUUUGGUAGAAAUUUCUAAAGAAAAAAAGAUUAUUGUUUUGUUGCAUUGCAUCUUUCUACUUAUUGUAAAGUUAUUUUUUAUAUUUGAUGUAAACAGGAGAAAUGCACUUUGAGUCUCCAUAGCAAUAUAGCUCUCGGUUGGCAUGCAGUGGCUAUUACCUUAGAAGACUACCCAGCUUCAACGACCAACUUCCAAAGCGCCACUCCAUACAGUCACGUUAGCCUGCAGUUUCUUGUACACGUGAGUCCAUCUUCCGGGCCGUGUAAUAGGGCUCCAGUCCUAAUAGGCCAAAGUCCAAGCGACGGAUCUUGUGAGGAAGUGUCAAAUGGAAACACAUUCAACAGCGUUAUUGAAGCAAAACAUAUCGACUCCUCCAGAAGGUAUGUGUUACUGCUGUACCCUUAACAUGCUAAAUCAGGUGGAUAUGAUAGUGAUACUUUCAGUUGAAUAUUAAUUAACUACACCUGCUUUUUUCAAUUUAACUUUUUGAAGCAAGCCUUGAUUGGUCAAUUAAAAAAAUGUGCUUAUCAGACUUAGGAGAAUCCUUCUGUUGAAAUAUUGCAAAACGCAUAAGAACAAUCACUUUUUCUGUAACUGACAAGGAUAGAGCAGAGGUCAUUUUUUGACAACAAUGCUCCUACUUUAUGUAUGUCAAAGUAAUGCCAGUAUCUUAUAAGCAGGCGAUGAAAUAGACAGAGAUUCUCAACUUACCCAGCACGUUUGGAUGCAUUUCAGUCUGAAACAAGUUAUGGAAAAUCAUGAUCUGAAAUCUUAGGUCCAAAAUUGUUCAAGCCCUUUACAAGGCGGCCUAACUCACAAACAUAUGUUUUGUGAAGUAAGUCAAUCACCUUCCGCCCCGAGAUUCUCAGUAGUCCUGAUCAGUAAGGAAGAAAGUGAAAGAUUAGUUCCUUUUCAUUUUUUUUAAUUUUUGUUUUUUCUACUCUAAUUUAGCAUUGCAGAGAUUAUCACUGUCACACCACUUUAUAUGGUUAUUUCUGGCCUCCUGAAUUACACUGAUUCGAUCGGGGAUACAGUAUUCUACAGGAACGUGUCGUGGAAUCCGCGAUUAUCUCAGAAAGGACGACAUAUCUUUUGUUUCAAGGCAGUUGACAAGUUCGGGUGGGUCACUUCAACAAAAUUAUUAAAAUCGCCUUCGCUUUCCUUUAAAGAAGGUACCAAUGCAUAUUUGCAGACUACGCAAGGUCUUUCUCACUUCUCACAUGUUUCCUGGAUAACUGCUCAGUGGUGGAUCUAAGGGAAGAGCCCAGGGGACCCCAAACCCCCCCCCCCCUAUUUUGGUUUAAAAAUAAUAAAAAAUUAAAAAAAAAGAAUCGCAGAAAGAAGAAAAGCCAGCAUGGAAAGCUACAAAAAACAGGGCCCCUCUCUUAGCUCAGGGUCUGCAUCCACCACUGCCGGGCUGGCUCAAUAAGACUCGAUGAUUUUCUUUAAUGUCUACUUUGAUGUAAUCUUAUUUAUGUGCAACAAUUCGCAUUUCAGAAUUGAAAGCAAGCAAAGAUGUAUCACCAUUAUCGUCGGAUCAAGUAAGCUUGCAUUCUAAAUAGUAUUCUGCUGGUUACUCCGUAUCUCAAAUUAGACAGUUGAUUUCGAAUUCAUACGCGAAAAAUUCUCGUGCACUGCAGGCCUGAUUCGUAUGUCCUUUUAAUGUGAUACUUUUCAGACAACACUCCAAAUCCGUUAUUGCACUCCCGUGUUCCUGUGGUUCCUCGUUUGUCAUGGCCGUGGUGGUUUGGAUUUGUGGACUUUAACAUAACGUUUGACCAACAGGUAUUUGAUAUAAUGAGCUGAAUUAUACGCGUAUUUUGAUUGGUCCUAACUUAUGAUCUAUUCGAGGACAACCGGACAGAUGACGUCAACAAAAAGAUUUGGUUGCCAUGGUUUUGUACAACAAACGAUCACAGGAGAUGUCAAAAUGUGGUGAGAACAUCAGUGACACACUCGGCUGCGCCUUAAAGACCACUUUAUGUUCUUACCACAUUGUGACGUCGUCUGUAAUCUAUUACUGAACAGACGCUUGGCAACAAAGAAUCUUUUCGUUAAGUAUUUCCAAACUAAAACGAAAACAAUGACCGUAAUUUCACGAAAGUCUCUUAUCUUAAGCAAAUGGCUAACUAGUUUGUUUCCAUAACACAGAUCAAAAGACCACGUCAUUCCAAGUUUAUAAGGAUCGUCUUGGAAGAUCACGUGAUAUACAAACUUGACACUCGCUCUUCGAGUGAAGUCACCGUUGAUAAAUUUAGCCUUAAAUUCCGCCUGCCGCAAGUUGUUCUCAGCAUGCGAGGAAAUUAUUCUAUCACCAUGGACCGUGGUGUUGUCGUGGGCCUCGGUUGUACAUCGGAUGGUCCGCCCUCACCAGGCUUCAGCUCGUUGAAAGACUGGCCAUUUGAUGUUGGAGUUUGUUCUAAGGGCACUUACAUGGGUCAGAAUAAUUGGUGUAGUGGUAAGAACAUUGCGUUUUGCGUGGAGUACCACAGGGGUACACUAUGCUCUUACUUAUUUGCGAUCCUUUUGAAUCGUAUCCAUCUUUAACCACUCUUGCUCCUUGUUGAAUCAGUGUUGCCUUCCAUAGAAUAGGAAGAUGAUUGAGCGCGGGAGAGGGAAAAGGAAAAGAAAUCAUUCAUUUUGUCACGAGCGCGGGGCAAAAGAAAACUUUGAGUUCCCCCAUGAAAAAUCGAACCUUAAACGUUUAUGCCUAUGGUCCCAUGUUAAGCCCUCUUGAGAUUAGUGCCGUAGUGAAGCCGUUUAUUCCUCGUGAAUAUUCUGGUACUUAAACCUUAAGGAUACGUUACUUGGCAGGUCACGUGUUCUCUAACUUGUUAGAAAAAGUCUCAAUUAAGAUAAAAGGGUCUCACAAGGUCGCCAGAUCAUAUGUUUGUUACAUACCAUUUACGAUUACGAGAAUUAAGUUUGUUACAAGUCGUGAGAAUUAUUAUGUUCUAAUUUCAAGGUGAGAAGAUAAACCUUAGCUUAGGUUACUUUUUUACUAGACGUAAAUGAAUGUUCGAAGGCGCCGUCCAUUCUGAGUCGCAAGAAAAGAAAUCCUUGGCCUUGGUAUUGGUACUAUUACACUUCUGCGCAAGGUAGGUAUAUGUUUUACCGCAUGUAAUUCGAUAUAUCUCAGUUGUUCUUUUUUCGGAGGAAAACUAACGAGUUUCUCUCAUUUUAUUUGACAGCCAUGGCAUCAAGUAUGCCCACUACUAGUUUUUCACCGACGCCAGGUAAUUCAGCGGUGUUCAGUUGUAAUUAAUAAGGAGCAGUAAUAGUUGCUUUUAGUGGUUAUUCGUACCCUAAGGGCCUGUUUACAUUGAGGUGGGGGACCCCAGGUAGAUGAGGUAACCCGCCUAGCCGUGGUCGAAAAAUAAAACGCGUUUACAUACAAUCUUACAACCUUGGGGUGCUGGGGUGCGGUUUCUUGGGGUUGUUGUUGCGCUUGCAUUCAAGGAGUUUGAGCGGGGGCGUCCCAAGCUCACAUCUCGAGAAAGACGAAAGAUUUAUUCUCGGGCACAUGUCUUUAUUCAUAAAAGCGUCACGCGUUGUUUUACGCGGUGUUAGGUUAUGCGAGUACCGUUGACUUAAUACGUUAUACGGAAUAAUUUGUGAAACGAAAUAUGGUCGAUUUACAACGCUAAAUAUUCCGAAAUGUGAACGUUUUACACUCCUUGUGUGUCCGUUGCGGUUUCUGGCGAUUUCUGCCAUGAGACGGCUAGCAAAUGUACAAAGUUUUAAAACAUAUAUGUUUCGCUUUUGAGCUUUUUGCCAUGAACGCGACCCCGGCUAGGCGGAUUAGACCACCUUGAGAAGUUUACAUGGCAAAUUGUCACCCCGGCUGACCGGGUUACCCUACCUGGUAGACCGGGCAACCCGCCUAGGCGGGUAACCCCACCUAUCAUGUAAACGUGAUCAAGAUAGUAUAAGAAAUUAUAUGGACAGGCGGAUUACCUCAUCUACCUGGGGUCCCCCACCUCAAUGUAAACAGGCCCUAAGAGGCAAACUCUUACAUAGACUUGUGUGUGGCAUUAAACUGUCUUAUUAUUUCCCUUUAGCUUUUGCAGUUGCUGCUACUUCGUCGAUUUCUGGUAAGAGUAAAUUUGAUGUAGAAUUCAGUAUUAAGAGAAAAAAACAAAAUGAAAGAAAAUUGAAAAAAGAAAUUUAUAUGGAGGGAACCUUUUGCUCUUGGCUUGAAACGUUGGCAUGGUUGUUAGUUCACAAGACUUAAGAAUCUCGAAAGAGGUCGGUGUUCGACUCCUUGCCCAAUCAUUAUACUGUGCUCUUGGGCCAAGAGGGUUUUUGUCUAGGAAACUUCCGAAAUACUGUUCAGAGGGAACAUUUACAGUUACAUCUUUCAGGAGAGAUAACACUGCUCCUAGUAACUUCAAUCUACGUAAACCGAGAGAAGUUAAACCGAUCCACUCAUGUGACUGCAAAUUACUUCUCAAGGACUUCCCUAAUCUAAUAUAUCUCAAUUUUUUAAUCAAACUCUUUGCAUAAAUGUAUAAUGUAAUAUACUAUCUUCUUUUUGCUAUGAAUUAUCAUAUUACCAGUGGUGGAUGGCAAGACCCUAAGGGUAGGAACCUUCCAAUCUGAUCUAUGCCUCCUGUUAGCAGGAGCCUGUUCGCAUUACCUCAACGAAAAAUUGUCAUAUCCCUUACAUCUAUCAGAGUCCGUCAAUAGUUAUCAUUAUUUUAUAACUCUGUUCUCUCUUUUCUUUAAUUUGCAUCAACGUCUUAAUUUAACAUCAGAUCUGAACCUCGGGUAGUAUAGAAGAAUAAUGUCCUUUCUUUUUUUACCAGGUGCCUGUUCAUAUUACUUAAACCAACGAAAUGGUCAAUUUACAAGUCCAGGCCAUCCUUCCCGUUACUCAAAUAAUCAGCAUUGCACCUGGUCAAUUGAGGCCCCAUAUGGUUACUACAUAUAUCUACAAUUUGGAUCAUUUAAUCUUGAGAAUGGUUACGACUGGGUCGAAAUAUUUGAUGGGAGCUCAGCAUACAGUACAAGAAUUAAAAGGGAAAGCGGCUAUCAGUCAUCUUGGGGAGUGUGUAGCAGUGGAAGGUUUCUUUUUGUGAAGUUCACAACAGAUUCAAGUGCUACGCGUCAAGGCUUUUCAGCUACUUACCGGGUUGUAUCACAUGGUAAAGAUAUGCUUUAAUUACGUAAUUCUUUAUGAACUAGAAUACUUUCAUCAAUCAAUAAUUGAUGCUCAAUCUAGCCUCUAGAUGUUUUGGAGAUCCUUAAUUUAGGAUUAACCUCUAGGUUUCCUUUUUCUCAAUAGCAGGGCUUGUUAUGAAAAGUACUCGUUAUUUUGAAAUAAAGUGCUGUAAAUGUUAACGUUCUCCACAUUACUAAUUUCGGAUGCCCGUUUUCUAUAAUGAAUCAUUUUGAAGAGUAACGUAAGUGAAUUAAGACGGAGGAUGAACAACUGAUGGACCAACAGAUAUAGUAGUUGCAUCAGUUUAGAGUAACUCUUCAUUCUUCCAAGGCUGCAACUAUCAAUGCACGGUUGUCAUCUAAUGUAUAGCUUUCAAUUUACAUUUAAAUGUAAUUUAAGAGGCACUGAUCAAUUGACAGAAAGUGAAAUGAUAUGAUGCCCCCCCCCAAUUUUUAGUUUCCUGGAUACUCCCCAUUAUCCCUUCAUCAUACCGCUAAAAAACUGUAAACGAUAACCCCCCCGUUUCCAUUCUCUUAUAAUUUUUUGUAUGUUUCCCUCAUCAUGCAAUACAAUUAAUCACUAUGAUCAAAUUUUAAUCCCUUAACUCACAGCUUCCGGGGUCGGCCAAGUUUUUGCUUCAGCUGUUCAUAUAGGGUGUUAUGGUAGCAGUCUCAAGACACCUAUACCAUCCACAAAUUGUGAGUCAAUUAAAUUAUUCUAGUUUGCUAUUUACUCUCAUAAGUCAUAGGCUGUACUGAUUAAUUACAAAUCUGUUGAUGCAGGAAGAAGGAUUACCAGCUGGGUACUUUCUAUAGAAUAUUUGUCAAACAAUUUCAGUUUCACACGAGUUACAAAGUGUUCGCUAUAGCUAAGUUAACUUUUAGUAUUUUAGAGAUCUUUAGUUGUCACAACCAUAGUCAACAUGCAAGUGUUACUGAAGGAGAUUAAUUAAGAAGUUUAAAGUAAAUUUUAGACAAUUUAUGCAUGCAUUAAAGAACAUUAUCUAACGCAUUCUACUGUUGAUAAGCUUCAUUCUACAAUCUAAGUAAAAUCAUUAUAUAAUUUAAAGAAAACGAUUCUCUCCGCUAAGUAUCUCUUGAAUUGAUAUGAACAUUUCCAUCCUUGCUGUUUGAAUCCCUUUAAUUGCAUUUGGUAAAAUAUGAUUUCCUUUUAUUUUUCACAAUAGUAUCCCCGACGAGGUCAUCUACAUAUAUUCCAUCGACGUCCUCCGCUAUUGGUAAAUUAUAGAAACAUUUGAUUCUAUUUAAUUUUUGAAACUAGUGGUAUACAGAGCACCAUUGUCCAAGACUAUGCGUGUACGUGCGCAUGUGAAACAAUGACUUAUUCUUUCUAACUCUACAAUGGGCAAAUUCAGUUUGCCUCAAGCUACUCGAGUAGCUGAAAGCGGUUUAGUUUAAUGAAGAGAACUCAAUUUACGAGCUUUUCGAAUUGCUACGUGCCCAUAGUAAUAUAAGCGUUUGUGAAAUUACACAGUUUGCCUAGUUUCUCUCAUUUUAAUUGUCUUCUCGAUUACAUCUAUCAAAGUCUGUCAAUAGUUAUCAUCAUUUUAUAAUUCUCUUCUCUCUUUUCUUAAUUUUUUGUCGACGCCUUCAUUUGACCUCAGAUCUGAACCUCAGGUAGUGUGGAAGAAUAGUGUCCUUUUCCAUAUUUUUACCAGGUGCCUGUUCAUAUUACCUAUACCAACGAAAUGGUCGAUUUACAAGCCCAGGCUUUCCAAACCGAUACUCAAAUAAUCAGCAUUGCACCUGGUCAAUUGAGGCUCCAUAUGGCUAUUACAUAUAUCUACAAUUUGGAUCAUUUAAUCUUGAGGAUGGCUUCGACUGGGUCGAAAUAUUUGAUGGGAGCUCAGCAUACAGUACAAGAAUAAAAAGGGAAAGCGGCUAUCAGCCAUCUUGGGGAGUGUGUAGCAGUGGAAGGUUUCUUUUUGUGAAGUUCACAACAGAUUCAAGUGCUACGCGUCAAGGCUUUUCAGCUACUUACCGGGUUGUAUCACAUGGUAAAGAUAUGCUUUAAUUACGUAAUUCUUUAUGAAUUAGAAUACUUUCAUCAUUCAAUAAUUGAUGCUCAAUCUAGCCUCUAAAUGUUUUGGAGAUCCUUAAUUUAGGGUUAACCUCUAGGUUUCCCUUUUUCUCAAUAGCAGGGCUUGUUAUGAAAAGUACUUGUUAUUUUGAAAUAAAGUGCUGUAAAUGUUAACGUUCUCCACAUUACUAAUUUCGGAUGCCCGUUUUCUAUAAGGAAUCACUUUGAAGAGUAACUAAAAUGAAUUAAGACAAGGGAUGAACAACUGAUGGACCAACAGAUAUAGUAGUUGCAUCAGUUUAGAGUAACUCUUCAUUCUUUCAAGGCUGCGACUAUCAAUGCAAGGUUUUCAUCUAAUGUAUAGCUUUCAAUUUACAUUGAAAUAUGCACAAUGAGAUACUUAUAAGAGGCACUGAUCAAUUGACAGAAAGUGAAAUGAUAUGAUGCCCCCCCCUAAUUUUAGUCUCCUGUAUACUUCCCAUUAUCCCUUCAUCAUACCGCUAAAAAACUGUAAACGAUAACCCCCCCCUAUCCAUUCUCUUAUAAUUUUUUGUAUGUUUUCCUUCAUCAUGCAAUACAAUUAAUCACUAUGAUCAAAUUUUAAUCUCUAAACUCACAGCUUCCGGGGUCGGCCAAGUUUUUGCUUCAGCUGUUCACGUAGGGUGUUAUGGUAGCAGUCUCAAGACACCUAUACCAUCCACAAAUUGUGAGUCAAUUAAAUUAUUCUAGUUUGCUAUUUACUCUCAUAAGUCAUAGGCUGUACUGAUUAAUUACAAAUCUGUUGAUACAGGAAGAAGGAUUACCAGCUGGGUACUUUCUAUAGAAUAUUUGUCAAACAAUUUCAGUUUCCACACGAGUUACAAAAUGUUCGCUAUAGCUAAGUUUAACUUUUGGUAUUUUAGAGAUCUUUAGUUGACACAACCAUAGUCAACAUGCAAGUGUUACUGAAAGAGAUUAAUUAAGAAGUUUAACGUAAAUUUUUGACAUUUUAUGCAUGCAUUAAAGAACAUCAUCUAACGCAUUCUACUGUUGAUAAGCUUCAUUCUACAAUCUAAGUAAAAUCAUCAUAUAGUUUAAAGAAAACGAUUCUCUCCGCUCAGAAUCGUUUGAAUUGCUAUGAACAUUUCCAUCCGUGCUGUUUGAAUUCCUUUAAUUGCAUUUGGUAAAAUAUGAUUUCCUUUUAUUUUUCAUAAUAGUAUCCCCGACGAGGUCAUCUACGUGUAUUCCAUCGACGUCCUCCUCUAUUGGUAAAAUAUAGAAACAUUUGAUUCUAUUUGAUUUUUGAAACUAGUGAUAUACAGAGCACCAUUGUCCAGGACUGUGCGUGUACGUGUGCUUGUGCUUGUGCGCAUGCGCAUGUGAAACAAUGACUUAUUCUUUCAAACUCUACAAUGGGCAAAUUCAGUUUGCCUUAAGCUACUCGAGUAGCUGAAAGCGGUUUAGUUUAAUGAAGAGAACUCAAUUUACGAGCUUUUCGAAUUGUUACGUGCCCAUAGUAAUAUAAGCGUUUGUGAAAUUACGCAGUUUGCCUAGUUUCUCUCAUUUUAAUUGUCUUCUCGCUUACAUCUAUCAAAGUCUGUCAAUAGUUAUCAUCAUUUUAUAAUUCUCUUCUCUCUUUUCUUAAGUUUUUGUCGACGCCUUCAUUUGACCUCAGAUCUGAACCUCAGGUAGUGUGAAAGAAUAACGUCCUUUUCCAUAUUUUUACCAGGUGCCUGUUCAUAUUACCUAUACCAACGAAAUGGUCGAUUUACAAGCCCAGGCUUUCCAUACCGAUACUCAAAUAAUCAGCAUUGCACCUGGUCAAUUGAGGCUCCAUAUGGCUAUUACAUAUAUCUACAAUUUGGAUCAUUUGAUCUUGAGAGUGGCUACGACUGGGUCGAAAUAUUUGAUGGGAGCUCAGCAUGCAGUACAAGAAUUAAAAGGGAAAGCGGCUAUCAGCCAUCUUGGAGAGUGUGUAGCAGUGGAAGGUUUCUUUUUGUGAAGUUCACGACAGACGGGAGUGUUACGCAAUCAGGCUUUUCAGCUACUUACCGGGUUGUACCACGUGGUAAAGAAACAUUUGUCUGCUUAUCCCCUCAUAUUUGAUAAAACGUAUUUUUUCAUCAGAAAGAAAUGUGUAUCCAAUUGAUUUAUUUUGAUCAAUGAGAAAAUUUAUUCGAAGAUAGAAAAUAUCAGGUGUUCCUAAAAGGUGCACGUGUGUCACCAUUUUUCCAACUUUGAUUGCAUAAUAAUAGUAUACUGCGACAGGCCUGUCAUCGCUCAUCCCCCCUUCCCAGGGACCUCACCCAAUCGUACAGCUGAAAAACUCAUGACCCUUCUCAAAAUCACCAUGUCCCUCCUUGAUAGAUUACGAGUUUAUAAAUCACAUACUCUUUCCUAAAACUCAGCCUCCAAUGUCCACCAAGUCUAUGCUUCAACUGUUCUUGGAUCGUGUUAUGGAAGCAACCUCAUAUCCUCUCCACCGCCCACACGUGGUUAGUAAUUUCAGUCAAUUGUAAUAUUGCUAUUUGUUAAAAUAUAUAUGAAGCUUAAAAGUGAGAACUACGUAUUUAAGAUAUAUUGUGAGGGAACGAGAAAGGAGCAAGUUCGUACCUUAGAGCAUCUUACUUACUCGAAAAAGGUCGAAUACUAUUACUAAACUUGUUUACUUUAACUCAUUGAUUCUUAGUUUUUCAGUUCUUCUUUACACGGGUGGUUAAAUUCUACUGUGUUUUUGGCAAGUUUUCCGACCAUUUUCUUCUCUUUAAAACUACUCAUGUAAAAAACUGAUAAUAUGAAGUUUUUUAAGUUGUGAGGACACUAUUAAGAGGUGUUGGACCAUGUGUAGGAUAAGACUGAAGAAAAUUUUUUGAUUUCCCCAGUGUAUAUAAAUAAAGUAGAAAAUGAAAACAAGAAAGAGAGAGAUAAAAUAAAAUGUAUACCAACAUCAAACCAAAUUUAGGCUAGCCACGAAAAAAGUGAAUUCAGCUAUUGCAGAGGUGGUGAUUCGCUUAUUAUGUAGUUUAAACGUUAUUCAAUUAUUGCUUUUACUUCAGAACGUAGCGUCCAGUCAACUCCAGUGAUGCGUACUUCUCCUAGCGUGAUGACCUCUUCACACACAAGUGCCAGUGAGUGUCUAAAUUGUUCUGUCAAAUUUCACUGAAUCCAGAGUCGGAGGCGAAACACAGGAAAGUCGUAGUUGAUCAGUUUCUGCGAGUCCAGCAUAAUGGACACACUAUAAGUUAGAGUGACAAACUUGCCAGAAUUAAUAGAAGAGGCUGGUUAAGCGUACAAAACUUAAUUCAACACCUUCUGCUUUUCUCUCUCCCUCUCUUAGACUCGUUGAACAUAAAAGCAACGGUUGCUACAGUAAUGCCUGUUGCGUCCAGUACACUAUUUGUGCUACACCUUCCCGCCAAUUGCCAGCAUGACUGUGUUAACACAUGGGGAAGUUAUUACUGCACUUGCCGUCAAGGAUACAGAUUAGAGGCGGAUGGGAAAACAUGUCAGGGUAAGAACACAGAUCACGGACUACUCCAUUAUCCUUCAAUAUCCACCAAUAGCAUGUUGGUCUCAGUUAUGCCGAAUAAAGUGAAACAAACAAAUUUUGACCUCAUGGUUACAGCUUACUGCACAAAUAUCAUUACGUGAACAAUGUUUGUAACAAUUUGCACGUAACAUUACGCCAAAAUUAUAAGACUCUCGCACACAUUGUAUCAUAAGGCAUCAAGUAAGAGAGGGGAAGUGGGCAAAUAGGGUGACGUUAUUUUUAGUUUCUUUCCCUGACAUUAUUGAUAAAAGGGCUCUUUUAGACGGAAAUAAGCUGUAUCUUACGCCAAAACGCGAAAUAAUUUCGCAAAACCGCCAAAUUUAAGCGUCGCAAAAUCAAUACACAAGUGCACUUUACUUUAAAAAAAUACCGCGAAAACUCCAAGCAAUAAGUUAGCUGUACAAAAACUAACGCAUCUUUAGCAUGAAAGGCGUUCUAUUCUUGAAUAUAAUUGUGGUUAUAUUGUUCCAUUUCAAAUCUUGAAAUUAUGAAGCUCACGUAACAGAGAUGAUCCACUGCAGGAAUCUAUUGAACUUUAAUCACAUCCCAAAAAAAAAGGAGAUUCUUGGGAUUUCCCAGAAUGCGCCGUUUUAAAUUUGGUAAAUUGAUCAGAGUUGAAUCAAUUAGCUCACCCUGCUUUUUACGAGUCUCACAAACGUUUUAUGUUUGUAUUUACUGAUAGAUAUAAAUGAAUGCUUAACUCAAAAUGGAGGCUGCACCCAUCAGUGUGUGAAUAUCCCAGGAGGUCACUAUUGCAAAUGUCCCGAGGGUGUAACAAUGGGCUUUGAUAACAAGACUUGCCAUGGUAGGUAAAUUGCGUGCAAACUAUACUCUCACAGCUGACUGCGCGAUCCUCUACACUGCUGUGCUACGUUUUAAUGCAUAAAAAUUUGGUACAGAACAGUUUUUCAACAAAAUUCUUUUAUAUAUGUUGAAACUAACAAGGAGAUAAGUAUUAACGGAUGGGUAAAAUAUAUGGUUAAAUGAUUUCACUGGCAGAAUCUUCACUUGUGAACUCAUGUUGUUCGUUCUUUUCAGAACCUGGUAUUACAGUGAAAUGUACAGCUGAAGCAAUGUUUAUCUUUCUGGAGAGAAAAACUUUCCAAGGCUUUGAUCCAAACAAACUGACACUUCUUUACCCGUCAUGCCGUGCGUCCUACAACGAUUCCCACAUUUCCUUGCGCACGAGUCUCAAUGACUGUGGAACCACUCAUAACGAAAGCGAGGACGCGAUAACUUUCUACAACAAAGUGCGAAGUGUCCAGUCCUACUCCGGCAACAUCAUCACUCGGGAGCAAAAUGUGUCAAUUCCUUUCUACUGCAGUUAUGGACGUAAGGCCCUGCUACGAAAUCCAAGUUUCAAAACCUGGAAGAACCAUUUCACAGCUUCGGAAGGUAACCUUUUACAAGGAAAUGCUCAUUUAAUUACAUCCGUUUUAAGAUAUAACAUUGACUUCAUUAUUACAAGAGUCAUUGUACAGUUCAAUGAAUUAAUAUCCUUCAAGGGAAAACAUUCAUUGAAUAAACCUUUUUUGAAAAAAAAAAAAACCCUUCAGCUCGUCUCCUUGCCAAAUCGAUGGUACUCCUUUAGCUGUCACCUGACACUGUGGUGCGAUUUUACGACCUUUAUUGCUUUCCAGAACUCAAUGAGCCUUUCGUUUUUGCUCAAGUUCAAUUUGAUUUUCUGUCGAUACUUUCAUUGUUCUCAACAACCACCAGGGCUGGGUGAUCCAUGACGUUUACAGAUCUUAAAGAACAGCCGGCAAUUUUACUUUCUUUUCAUAGGUGGAUAUGGCAACUUCACCUUCACUAUGGAUCUAUUCAAGACGGGCAGAUAUCUUACACCGUUCAGUUACCAUGACUAUCCAAUCACGGUUCAUCUUCGGGAUCAGUUAUUUCUUCAGUUGACGGUACAGUCACACCAAUCUAACCUGGUUCUCUUUGUCGACACCUGCAAGGCGACUCCCACUCCUGAUCCGUACUCAGUUCCUCAGUAUGUCUUCUUACAGAGAGGGUAAAUAUGUCUUGCUCUGUACAACGAUUCCUGAAAAAUGUUUCCUAUAACAAUUUUCGGUUUAUGCAGUUUCUCCCUCAACGAACGUUUUUGAUUACGCCAAGACUAAUUCCGGUGGUAACCAGGGUACAAAAUAGAAUCAAAUUUUUGUGAAAUCCAUUUUACGGAGCAAAAACGCGCAAGCUGAUGGCGAAUAUUUGAGUAGAUAAUAAUAAGCCGUGAAUCAAGCCACUAAAAAAAAUUUUUAAACUUUGUUUUAUUUUUGUUCGGGUCAGUUUUUCGUGGUGCUAAUUUUUUAUUUCCUGGUGGUUUUCGUAUUAGCUCAUCUACAAAUUCAUAAUUAUAAUUCUCUUUGCUUGGCUGCAGAUGUAAGCUGGAUUCUACCCUCAAUUAUUCGUACUCCAUCAGCUCCAAACAGCGUUUUAGCAUCCAAGCGUUUCGUUUUAUUGAAGACCAUCCAGUAGUGCAUCUUCACUGUGAAGUCCUGGCGUGCCACCGCAACACUGCCCGGUCUCGCUGCCUCCAGGGAUGCUCCCGCUAUCGAGGACGGAGAGACGAGGUGCCUGGUUCUGAGAGUACUCAAGUGUACGAAAUGUCGUCAGGACCAAUCAAAUACCAGAACGGGGCGAGUGCAACGGACACGACAGUAGGUGAGUGGGCAGUGGAGAGUCGUGGGUAACGAUUUACUAAAUACUCAUGUGGAAAGGUUAGAUGCCUGAUAGAUAUUUCAAACGCCUACUUGACUCUUUAUGAUAGUUCAUCAUAGAUUGACCAUAGAAUCACCACGAAAGAAUUGCCAUACUUUCCCAACUCAAUACAAGUUACCAAACACCAAAACAAACGUCAACUAAAUGUACUAGAUCCUUACAUGAUUUACUGAAGUAACCGUAAAGUUACUGUACCUGAGCCGAGUCGCUUUCAAUUUUUUUUUCAUCCUUUUAGCUGAAACUCAAACCAACAUGGAGAUCAUCACAGUAGUGGCGGCAUCCGGCGGAUUUUGCCUCCUUCUUGUUAUCAUUCUCACCAUCGUCGUUAUUCGAAUCAAGAAGCGUCUCAAAGGAGCCUUCGCAGAUCGCAACAAAGUCUACGCCAUGGAACAGUGUGGCAAUCACGUCAAGGAAGACAACAACAACAACUUGGGUUUCGUUCAGGAUGACGAACUGAACGAGAUGGGGUACAAGCCGAUCAUUAUGAAACCGCGUGCUCCUGAUGCCGUUACUUCUGAGAGAGCUUGAUACGAAGAAUGGAGUGUUUCCUGAGGGUCUCUCUCAUCUUGGAUGUAUAUUAAGGACUGGAAUGCUCGUGGGAAAAUGUUAAUUUCACCUCCAAAAAGGGGACUGAUCUGGAUAUAGCUAGUGCAUCAGGUUUUUUUGGCCCUAAAAGAUAUCAAUUAAAAAUCUAAGCAAUCUCAUAGCAAUGUUUUUUCUUAUUGAUUGAGACUACAAAAACAGCGCAACAGGUUUGUUUAAUGCCUUCCGAAGAAAUCUAGAGCAGGUACAUCGACAAUUAACUAUUUUAGUGUUUCUGCUGGGAUACUCCCAGUGAUGCAAAAAUCUACACCUUCAUCCUUCCUUAAAUUACGAGCAUUCCAGGUUCUCUC